GACCUCGGAGGUGGGCGGGGGCGGGGGCGGGGGCGGCCUGGACGGAGGCGGGCUCUCCGGGCCCCCAUUGGCUGCGGCCCCCCCACAGCAAGGCACCCCCAUCUCCCCCAGACAGCAGUCCAUCGGUCUUCCAGCUGCCGCAGCCGUGCCUUCACCGUUUCGGCAUCCAGCCUCCCCCUGCUCCAGCCCGGCAUGGCGACCCCAACCCAGGCCCCUACCAAGGUUCCUCAGGAACCUGACCCAUUUCACUAUGACUACGACACAGUGCAGACUGUGGGCAUGACUCUGGCCACCAUAUUGUUCCUGCUGGGCAUCCUCAUCAUCAUCAGCAAGAAAGUGAAGUGCAGGAAGGCGGACUCCAGGUCUGAGAGCCCAACAUGCAAGUCCUGUAAGUCGGAGCUUCCCUCCUCAGCCCCAGGAGGUGGCGGUGUGUAAAGCCAGCCUCCCCUCCGCUGCUGUCCCUGCCUGAUGUGGGAGCCUGCGGACCGGGUGGAGGUGGUGGGGACCCCAGCUGUGCGCUGCUGGGAGCGCUCCCCGGAAUGAGCCGCCCCACCCACCCCGAGGCUGGAGCCGCUGCACCCCGCUGCCCCUCCCCAGGCCUUGGCAAUGACGAACCCCACAGAGCUCAUCUGCAUCCCACCUACGAGGGCUCGGGCCUCCAGGCCCUGGAGCCCGAGAGCCCGCCCCCUGCCCCGCAGAGCUCCCGGUACCGCCCCCCCCCCUCCCGCACCUCCUCGUCUCCUCCCCAGAGAUCCGUCCUCCUGCGCCCUGGGUGUCUGUGUCCUGAGCUGAAUAAAUGUGCAUUUGGUUUCCCCCUG